GUGCGGACGAAACUAAACGGUUUUGGCGAUGUCGUCGUAAAGAUUUGUCUUGUCCGGCUCGAAUACAUACCGAUAUUCAUGGUUUUAAAGUUUUAAAAUUUUCUGAUAAAAAACAUUGUCAUGAUUCUGAAGCAGCUAGAAUAGAAGCAGACACGGCUUUAACGAGUAUGCGACAACGAGCUGUUUUAACAAUGGAACACACGUCUUGUGUAAUUAACGAAUGUGUAAACGGAUUAUCAGAUGCAGCAAAGGGCGUUUUACAAUCUUCCGAAGCUCUAAAACGACAAGUUUGGCGUAUAAGAAAUAAUAAAAUAGCAGCUUCAUGUGAUCCAUCAGAUUUAUUAUCUUUACAGAUACCCGAUGAGUAUAAAAAUUAUUCACCAUCAAUCGGUAUUAAUGAAAAUUUUUUAUUGGCUGAUAGUGGGCCUAGCAAUGAAAGAAUUUUAAUAUUUGGUCGACCACUUGGUCUCAAGUUAUUAAAAGAUUCCAAAAUAUGGUACAUGGAUGGAACUUUUAAAGUGGCACCUACUCUAUUUAGCCAAGUUUAUGUUAUUUUAACUGAAUUCUUAGAGGGAGUGCAUCCUGCAGUUUAUGCAUUACUACCUAACAAAAAGGAACAAACAUAUAUACAAUUAAUUAGUAUGAUUAAUCAAUUACAACCUGAUCUCCAGCCAACAUCAGUUUCUUGUGAUUUUGAACUUGGUGCCAUAACAGCAAUAAAAAAUUCAUUUGAAAAUAUAAAUAGUUUUGGAUGUUAUUUUUAUUUAAGCCAAAAUUUUUUGAAAAAAGUUGGAGAAUUACAUUUAUUAUCAAAAUAUAAUAAUGAAGCAAACUUUUGUGUUGCAACCAAAACUAUUAUUGCAUUGACUUUUAUACCAUUAUGUGACUUAGAUAUGGCUGCAGAUGAAUUGGCAGACGAACUUCCAGAUGAGCUUUUACCACUAUUUGAGUGGUUUGAAGAAUUUUACAUUGGGAAGAAAAAUCGACGUAUAGGACGAAGAAAACCGCGAUAUUCUCCUGUGAUGUGGAAUCUUCACCAACGAAUAUCAUAUGAUACAGACCGGACGAAUAAUCAUGCAGAGGCUGCAAAUCGACGAUUAAAUAUUCAAAUGGGUACUCAUUCAACGAUAUGGACCUUCAUUGCGAAUUUAAAAAAAAUUCAAGCUGGACGUGACACGUACUAUGCAAAUCUUGUUUCGGGAAAUAGUCCUCCAAGGAAGUUGAAAAAAUUCCAAGACACAGAUAAAAUAAUAAAAAGGUUAGUAAAUAAUUAUGACGGGCAAAAUAAAAUGAUAUUUCUAAGAGGUAUAGCAAAUAAUAUUGCUUUAAAAUAA